CUUCUAAAUCGUCCACCUUGCUGCGAAGUUCGCUGCCUUCUUUUAGAAAGCUUCCAGCGCAGCGUGGCCAUGUAUCUCUCACAUGUCAUCAGCUUGACUAUUCUGCUACUCAUAACACUUGCGCAGUCCAAGCCGCUGACCAUGUUCGGCUACGGCUACGGCGGCGGGGACCAUUUUCGGCAUCAGUCGGGCAUGGGCAUGGAAUUCUAUGCACCCGAAGAUCGAGGCUGUGCCAUGUGCCGCAAUGGCGAGAACUGCUCAAUAGCUGUACACAACCAAUCGGCUGGUGUCUUCUGUGGCGACGUACUGAGCACGUUUCAGCCGUGCUGCUGUGCGUACCGGAACGAAUGCAUGACCUCCAUCUUCUCGGACUCGUGCGAGUGCUUUGACGGCGCACGGGAAGAACAGAUCAUGACCACGCGGUUCUAUCUAUUCGUGGGACUCUCUCUUAUCGCUUGGGGUCUGCUGGCCUACGACAAGAUGUGUGCAGGGCCUUACAAGGUCAUGAACAGCAACCACCAGAUACUGGCCAAUUCUCCAUCGGCAGCAAGAGCAAGAGGCGAGGAGAGUGUUGUGGAUACAGUGGACAGCGACUCGGAGGAAGAACAGAGAACAAGGGGUCAGAGUACUGAUGUUGUAGCUGCCUCUGCAGUAGCUGUAGAAGUUGCGGAAGCCGAAACUGAAGUUUGCGAUGACAUGGUGCCAUUGCGACCGCAAUCGUCUUCUGCAGCGACAACGGAGAGUAUUGAUGCUGAAGCUGACUCAGUUAACGAGCCACAGCCUAGUAGCCAGAGGCCACACAAAGGAACUUCGAUUCAGACCGUUUAA